AUGAUAAUGCUUGCGUGGAUGCUCUUAUGGGCUACUGGUUAUAUUAUCUAUUCGAAAAUCUUUAUUGUUUUGCUUUUAAUCUCUACGUCGAUGAUUCAUCAUCGGUUAAUGCUCAAUUAUACACCAAAUAAUGACCCUACGCCAAAACAUGUUACUUUGUUCACACAUGUUCCAUUUUCGAUGCUUUCAGCAUACUCUUUGUUUAUUCUAAUUCAAAAAGGAUCCGUCAAUUUUAUUUAUGAAAAUGAGUGGACCGCCGUCGUGUUAGUUUGGAUUAUGGCCUUAAUCGGUUUUGCUUGGUGCUUUAACGGAAUCUUCAGCUAUGGAAGGCGAGAUCUAAUAUUUAGUGCCACUAUCGCUUGUUUACUCCUUGGAAUUGGUGUCGAACAUGUUGAUCAUUAUGAGAAAAGACACUCCACUGCCUGCAUUGUUUUAUCAGCAACGCAGAUUGCUAUGAUCCUUUUCAAUUUGGUUAAAAAUUUGGAAGUAUUUGGAGGUAAUGGUAUCGGUGAAAGAAGUUUAUUAUUUCCCUAUACAUCAAAUACUUAUGGCACCAAUAGUCGUUAUUAG